AUGUUGAGUGAUAUAACCUUCUUGAUCUAUGGAAGGAGGUAUCCUCCUCCUCAUGGUAGACCGGCAAUUUUUUUAACUGGAUUAAUGCUUAAUGUUCUGAGGAUCAAACCCAUCCGUCGAAAAAACAAAGGGAUUUCCUUAGAAGAACUGCGAAAUGGUCUAGACAUCAGGAUUGAUUGCAUUUUCGCAAAUCAGAGAGCGUUAGCGGAAGUGCUUCGUAAAUAUAUCGAUAAACUGAUUGAUGUUGAUGCAUGUAUUGCUUAUUUUGUGCUGGUGGCUCUCCGUCAGCUCCGCGACGAUCUGUUCUAUACUACUUCUUGUGAAUUUGCUCUAAAACAAAAUUUGAUUCGCAUGCCGUUUCCGUCUGAAGACGACGAGCUUCAGUCAGUUUAUAAGCUACCUUUUCUGCUUACUAAUACACUACAACCUUUGCCUUUCGACUUGCACUCGGUUUUGACCGAACGCUUGUGGGUCAUCGACGAAAUGGAGCCUGAGUCACCACCGAAAAGUGUUCCUUGGGAUGAGAACGGAAGAUUGACAGACUCGUUCAAGAAGUUAAUAUUUGAUGAUUCAUUACGUGUUAUAGAUCAGAACAUUCUGAACAGCUCAGAAGUUAAUAUUUCAAUCUUAUCCUUUACUAAGCAGGAAGUUAUCCAAAAUCUUAUGUUUCUUUACACUGGAAUUAGUUCAGAACUAUUCAAUGCUCAAGAACAGAACUCUGGAUUCAUUCUACCGAGCUUUGUUGAAGUGCGAGACCAGAUGGGAUUUGGAAUCAAAUUCUCGCACAGUAUGUUACAGAUGCAUUUGGAGCUGGGUAAUAAGUUGAUGGACACGAAGAAGAAGUUCCUAGCCCAGUACUGCGUGGGAUGUGACGAGGUUUUCAGAAAUGCUGUACUUGACGAGAUGGAAAUGUUCAGUUCGUUCCUUGCACAACAAAUAACUGAUCUCAGCACAUUCUACGAAAAACUAACUCAGAUAAUUCAUUACGUUACCAACUUCCUCGGAUUCGUUGGUAUUUGCGAGAAAUUGCUACGCGAACAGCUUUCAGCCACAGAAGUUUCUACUUUUCUGCAAUUCAACCUGGCGACUUCCUUGGAGUUUGUUAAUGAUAUAGCUUCUCGAGUUCUCAGAAAAGUGAACAUUCAUAUCGUGAAAUCAUUAUACUUGUUCACUGAAAAAGGUCUUAUAAACUUUGAUGAAGGAGUCAUAAGCAAUAAGGAAAACGGCAGCUAUUUCGUAAGCGUUUCUAAUUCUGAAAUACUUUUCAUAAAGCCUACAGUGCUGAUAUCUGAAAACCUUUGUUCUAACAUUCUCUGGUAUGGAGCGAUCAUGAAGGAAAUCGCUCAUGACAAUAAUCUACGUUAUCCUGAGUUAUACGAGUUGCAAAAAAAUGUCCGAGACUCAAACACGUUCAUCGGUCAGUUCUUGAAAGACUUUCUAGCGGAGCAUGAAACAAGAAUACUCGAUUUGACUUACAUUUUCGAAGUAUUUUCUCGGAAAAAUUCUCAGUCUAAGCUGUUCUCAUAUAUGAGGAAUGAAGUCAAGAUUGCGGCUAACAUUAUGUACAAACUGUUUUUGCAUCGAUGUCAAGUUUCAGAGAGAAAAGUUCUAGGAUCAGUUCAGUAUUUCUGUCCCGACCUUCCAUCGGAAUAUCAAUCCGCUAUCAGUGCUGGAGGUACUGAUGGAAGACGUUUGGCGGUUACGUUGUCGAAGAUUGUUUCUGUCGUCAUCACGGAGAAACAUCAGCACGGUUAUGAAAUUAUAGGUGAAGGACUUCAGAAGAUUUUCAGCGGUUUUGACGCUAUCAUCCAUCUUUCAACUCGAAACCAUUACUUGUUGCCUGGUGAAGACCGCCGUGCUUUCUAUUACAAACACGUUAUGGACCGUGUUCUAAGCAAUUUGAUAUCACAUACAUAUCAAACCGUGAACCCUCUGUGGGAAACGUUCAACAUGGAGUUAGACAAUGCAGAUAGCGUGACAGCUAUGAUCGACUCCCACAGGCGUUUCAUCAGGGAAGUCCGAACUAACACGAUUUUCCAUAUUGUCUUCACAAACAAAGCCUUCAGCUUUGUGACAAAGAUGUGUGAAAGUUGCAUUUUGUUCGCCACAGCGUUCAAUCAGGGAGAUAGUAUGACAUUACAGAACCAUUACCAAGAAUUCCGAGCAAACUUAGAUUUGCUUUUAGAUGUUCUCGAGACUGGAGAUUUCAAAUUUCAACCACUUUGUGCAAUGCUUGGACGAUUUGUUUUGUCAAAGUCUAAGAAUUACAUCAAAUAA